UGUAUCUUCACAGUAAGCACAAGUCCACAAUCACAACGCCGCCCGUCCCGUCGAGGCAGAACAAAAUUACCGAGCAAGCAGAAGCAAGAUGCCGGCAAGAGCAGAGAAAGAGCGGCUCAACCUUCUCCUAGGUUCCCAUCUCACCACCAUCCAUGAAACCCUACAGGUCCUUGAUCAAACUCCAUCUUCUUCUUCCUUCGAUUCCAAAGUCUCCUGGGAAGACGUCCUUAAGAUGGCAGAUCAAGUUUCCAAACAAGCUACCACAGUUGGAAUGCUGUGGUCCGGAGACAAACCAGAGUCAAAAGCAAUCGAGGAAAAUAUGACAUCCUACUUCAACAAUCUACAAGGUUUCCUCUUGGUUUCUCAUGGGAGCAUGGUAGGUGCAGGACCUACCUUGUCCUCCAGUAUUCAUGAAUCUGUCAAGCAAGUUGUUGAUUCCAGCUUCAGGUUAAUGAAAGAAACUGUCUCUUUAUAUGGAUCCCAUAAUGAAGUCCAGAAACAAUCAGUUCCACAACUGGUAGGUGUUGUAUGGGAAGCGUGUUCUGCCCUAAAAAAGACACCUUCAUCAAACAUUACAGCAAUUGGGCGAGGAAUGACAAAGGUUGCAGUUUCAGUGAAAGACGUUCUACGCGAGAUGAAAGAAUUGAAGCCAAGUUCUAGUGAUGAUCCAGCUGACACGGAGUCUGAACAACACGAUGAUCAUUCUAGUGAAGGUGAACUAGGGAACGACCUAUCACCAGAAGAGAUGAAAAUCGCUGAGAGAGCCAUUGUGGUUGUGUCUGACACGCUUUCAGUCCUUAAAGAACUUAUCCGCUCUAUCACAGGCUUGAUUAAGAUGGAAAAACCAAAUGACAACAGUGGUUUUGUAGAUUCACUUGAAAAAUUGUUGCAGCUUUGUCAGGAACUUAGCCAACAGAUUGAUGAGGUUGGAGCUUGCCUCUAUCCCCCGCACGAGAUUCCUGCCAUCGAAGCAGCGAUGGAGAAAAUUCACAGCAUUAUUGAUGGUAUGGAGGUGGAAAUAGGAGGACUUCAAGGUGCAUCAGACGCAUUUCUAGAGACAUGCAAUGGUUUGAAGAGCUCAAUGAGUGAGCUUGUGUCUGAACUAAGUAACUCUAGUACUGCUGAUAUAGAAGCCAGAGUGGAAAAUAUAACGUUAGCUGAUAAGUAGACUCUUUUGUUUGUACCUUAUGUGCAAUGAUUUUGACCAUGUAGAACUACUGUAAUGAUUAUUUUGAGCUAAAAUUUUAUUUUAGCUAUAUACAUAGAGUUAUAAGUCUACUUUUGUUUCCUACAAACCCUUUGUUGAGUGGGAUGCUGCGAUCCUAGGAAGACACAUGUUUUACACAAUAAAAGAGUAUCUUUUACACAGUAAAAGAGUGUUAUAUAGUGUGAAAAGAGUAUUUCUAGCAUUUUUCUUCUGAAUAAUAUCUUGCCCUACUGGCUUUAUGCUCGGGGGACUAUACAUGUCCAGAAAUUUGAAUUGAAGCUAAACCCGAGUUCAAGAGAGCCUGUCCCUAUCUCAAUAUGAGGCAAGACCGAUUUGGAUCAACAGUCAGGCUGAAUAGGCCGGCCCAAAUUCGAUAUUGAUGGCUAGUAUUCUUCAAUAUACGGACAGCGUAUGAGACUUUAUAUAAACUAACAAUCACCGUGCACACAUAAAACACACCGUUUUCUUUCACACUUCAUACUUUGAUAAACAUUACGACUUGUGACUCCUUGGCCUAGCAUUGUGACUCUGAUUGGCCUAUCACCGGUAGAGUUAUCAAAUAGUGUUCCCA